GUGAUAGUGUUGCCAGCAUGACGUCAUUGAAGCACGGUGUCAAUUUGAGCCGGCGUGCCUGCAGGCGAUCCCUCGUGUGGGGCGCGCUAGCCGCUGCCUUCCUCUCCAACAUACAAUGCAAUCCUGUCGAAAGCACCACGAAACAAAGUCCGUCCAUAACAGUUGAUGGGAUUUCCACGUAUCCCGGUCUGGGGUUCGGGCCCAUGGGUCCCGUGGUGCCGUUGCCUGGAGAACCCCCUGGUACGCAACUUCGCCAACACCAGGAUACUACCACUAAUUUACCAAGUACAGAAACGCCUGAGAAAAAGGUGAAGAAAUUAGUCAUUGCAGCCUUUGAAUUUCAUCGGGUUGAAACGCCUUUCUUAAUAGGAUUAUGGAUUUUCUUCGCUAGCAUAGCAAAAAUAGAAUCCGCGUUCACUCAUAAUUACAUGUCGUCAAAUGUGUCCAAAAUCAAUACGUCAAUCUCCCCGCCAGCCGCACUUCCCACCCGCGUAAUGUUGCCGACAGUGGAACAGUUCCCUUGGUUUGGGGUAAUUUUACAACAGGAGGGAUUUCACAUGGCGCCGAAGUUGUCUAAAAUGUUUCCCGAGUCUUGUCUUCUCAUAUUUGUGGGGGUCCUCAUAGGGGCUUUGUUGUUAAGUACGCACAGUGUACAUGUACAGCCAUUGACGCCGGACACCUUCUUCUUAUAUAUGCUGCCUCCUAUCAUCCUAGACGCCGGCUAUUUUAUGCCAAAUAGAUUGUUUUUUGAUCAUCUUGGAACAAUUCUCUUAUUUGCGGUAGUCGGGACUGUGUUCAACACCCUCACUAUAGGGGCGUCCCUUUGGGCUUGUGGUCAGACCGGAAUGUUUGGCUGCACAACUCCUCUUCUAGACAUGCUCUUAUUUGCUGCACUAAUAUCUGCAGUGGACCCUGUAGCAGUGCUAGCUGUUUUUGAAGAAAUCCAUGUAGACGAAGUACUUUACAUAGUAGUAUUUGGCGAAUCGUUACUAAAUGAUGCUGUCACAGUUGUUUUGUAUCAUAUGUUUGAGGCUUAUACAGAAAUGGGACCAUCACGUCUUGAAUACACGGAUUUCCUAGCCGGUCUCGCUUCAUUUCUGGUAGUGGCUGUUGGAGGGACGUGCAUCGGGGUAGUUUGGGGUUUCGCCACAGGCCUUGUCACACGUUUUACACACGAAGUCAGAGUAAUCGAGCCAAUAUUUAUCUUUGUCAUGGCUUACUUGGCGUAUCUAAACGCUGAGAUGUUCCAUAUGAGCGGAAUACUUGCCAUAACAUUUUGUGGAAUAACAAUGAAGAACUAUGUCGAAGCAAAUAUAUCUCAUAAAUCGCAUACUACUAUUAAAUACACUAUGAAGAUGCUGUCUUCGUCUUCCGAAACUAUCAUUUUCAUGUUUCUAGGUGUAGCCACUGUAAAUAAUAACCACGACUGGAACACGUGGUUUGUUUUAUUAACGAUCGUAUUCUGCUCAAUAUUUCGAAUAAUAGGAGUGUACAUAUUUAGUGCCAUAGCUAACAAGUUCCGUUUGCAUAAAUUGAAUAGAGUGGAAAAGUUUGUAAUGUCUUAUGGAGGUCUUCGCGGUGCAGUGGCUUUCGCUUUAGUUUUACUUAUAGAUCCUGAGGUUGUAGAACUACAACCGAUGUUUGUGACUACAACUAUAGCAGUGAUAUAUUUCACUGUGUUCAUACAAGGCAUUACUAUUAAACCUCUGGUUAAAAUACUCAAUGUCAAAACUGCUGAGAAGAGAAAGCCUACAAUGAACGAACGAAUUCAUGAACGGUUUAUGGAUCAUCUAAUGGCCGGCAUUGAAGACAUCCUUGGAAAACAUGGAAACCACCAUAUGAGGGACAAGUUCAAAAGAUUUGAUAAUCGUUUCAUAAGGCCGUUUUUACUUAGAAAUUAUCAGGGUGCAGAGCCAAAGAUUUUAGAAACUUACUCAAAGUUAGCUAUGAAAGAUGCCAUAGAAUACAUGCAAAGAAAUGCAUCGACAAUAGGGAACAUAUCUGGAGCCGAAUCAAUGUCAGCUAUAUUCAAAAACUAUACAAAUGCCAACUUUAAUGGAAGUCCGAGUUUCAGCCAAUUGGAUUCGUCAACAUGGAACAUAGACAUGCAGGAAUUGGAAUACAAUCCGUCGAAAAAAGAUUUGACUGACGCUAAGAUACAUCACCUUUUAGCUGAAGAACUUUGCAAGCCAUUUAGACGCCACCGUCGCCUGAGCUACAGUCGUCAUGCGGUAAACGAUCGCGACCUCGGCACGCAAGUCAAUUACAAGACCCAUAUGAACAUACGUCGACGGGUUGGUGAUAGGAAACAUCAUCACAAACGUAGUAAACGCGGAAAGCAGGAUGGAAAAAAUCAUGUGACUUUCCCUGAAUUCCAGCAAAAUGGUUCGGCUAAACAGUUCACGCACGACUACAUAGAUGAGGUACUUCAAGAAGAGGGAGACGAGCGCGAGGUGGGACAACGUCGCGAAGGUGACGACGGCGGUAUUACAUUCACUGCCAAAUCCCCGCUUCCUAAUGAGGAUAUUUUAGAAGAGGACGAAAGAAGAUUGUCUGACGAAAAUGACGCCUACAUGAUAGUAGCUGAGCACGCUCGCGUAGCCACCCCAACGGCAACAGAGACCAUGCUGCCAUGGAAACGGGAGGAAAUGGAGGGGUCUGGCUGUGGUGCCCUAAAACAAUCGGAGUUCCCUGCAUGGGCGUCGAACAAAGAGUACUUAGCAUAUAGCUCCCCUUCGGCUACGUUCUUAGGAGGCAUAGAGAAGCCAAAACAUCCCAAAUCUAUCAUAGGUCUCUUCCGAAGAGAGAGCUCUAGUUCUACACAAGGUGCAGCGGAGAGUGUGGUUCUAUCAGACUCAGAAGCGAAUAGAGACAGUUGGAAUAAGGGAGAGGGGACAUCAAAAGAUACAGCAGCAAGACAAGGACCGAGUUUGUUGUCUAAGAGGAGCACAAGCCUGGGAGGUCCGUCAGUAUUGCUGAUGGAGGACGUAGCGCAUUCAGAUCCCCUCGGCGCAUCAAGUAGACCAGCCAGCAUCAUGCAGGGACCACACAGAGGACAGUGUAGAAGAGGAUCAAUGUUAGAGUUAACUGGUUCACUGUCACGCGAUGCUAUCACAGAAGAGAAAUGCAGCAAAUCACUACCAGAGAGUGAGCGGAUGGGCGUGAGACGACUACCACUAGGACAGCAGAGUCUACCGAGAGAGCCAUUUAUCCGGCAGCUAACAAUGGCUUCCACGCUGAACACCAGCUCGUCGUCAGACGAUUCCUCAGACGAGAACACCUGAGUGCCCCGCCGUGGUGACCCUGAUAGGUUGCCACUGUUGAAGUACAGGACGCUAGAGUAACGUUCUAAAGCGGAAAGUGAUAUAUAAAUGUCUAAAAACACACAAACUUCUUAAAAAGUGCUGUGAAUCUGUGGUGUAUAAAAUAAGUAAAAUGAAUAUAGAAUUAAAGAGUGUUAAUUAAUCACUUGUAACGAAAUUUAUUCUGAAAUCUAUUAUUAUAUUAUGCGAAAUACACUUAUUCGAUGACUUUGCCGAAGACAGGCUAAAGGCUUUCAUCAAAUUGGUUCAAUGUGAUAGAUAAACAUAGUAUUGAGGUUUUGACUAUUGUUACCGUUUUACCAUCUACCAGCUACUUGUAAUGAUAAGACACUUAAUUAUGACGCGUCACAUUGUCAAUAAUCAUGAUACGCACACAUAAAGCGAGAUUAAAAUCGUGCGGAUAGUUAAGGUAACAAAUCUUUAUAAAACGUAAAGAUGCUUGCCAGAUUUGUCUGAGGCUUUCGAGUUAUUUUGGUAGCUGUAAUUAUACAUACCUACAAUUUAAGGUGUAAAUACGACACGUUGCGAUGAAAUGCAUCUUGCGACGACUGGUAGGCGUAAGUGUUUAAAAAAAACAACUUUUCCUAUCUACAAUCAGUCUUUCCCAAUUUUGUUUGUGUCUAAUUAAGAUAGCAUCAAUUAAAAAGCUCCUUUAAAACCUACGACUAAUAGGAAUGUAGCGGUUAAUCAAGAAUUAUAACAUUGCUUUAACUAUUUGAAUGAGUAAAACCAAUUUAUAAAGUUGUUUGAAGUGUAUUUUUGUAUGCUCUUUGUAAAAUAUCAUGUAACUACAUUCAAAACUGUGUGUAAGUAAAUCGUUUUACUAAACCUAAUUAUUAUAUUUAUGAAACGAUAUUAAUUAUUUCAUGGCACUUGUUGCCAAUGACAAUACCUACCAGUAGUUAAUGAGAGUCAUGAAAGUAAGUUUAAUUGAAAUGUGAUUUGUAGAUGUAGACAAUUGUGUUUGUUAUGUAAUAGAUAUUAUAACUUAUGCGUUUUGGAGGCCAUUUUGAAUUAGCUGUAGAGAACUACCAUGAAAUAUAAAAAUCACCUGUUAUUUUUCUAUCCCUACGUAAUAAUACUGUAGAUCUCCUGGAAAACUUAGAUAGUUAAAUAAAUAAUAUUCCAUGUAAGUUUGUUCCGGUCAUAUACCAAUGUAGAUAGUUUGAUAAUAGAAUCGUCACAAGCCUUCAAA